AUGACUAAGGGAAACGAGAGCACAGUGUCUGAGUUCAUCCUCCUGGGGCUCCCCAUUCGAACACAGGACCAAGUCCUGUAUUCUGCCUUGUUCUUGGCCAUGUACCUAACAACUGUCCUGGGGAACCUGCUCAUCAUCCUACUCAUCAGGCUGGACUCUCACCUCCACACCCCCAUGUACUUCUUCCUCAGCCACUUGGCCUUUACAGACAUCUCUUUCUCAUCAGUCACAGCUCCAAAGAUGCUCAUGAAUAUGCUGACACACAGUCAGUCCAUCUCAUAUGCUGGGUGUGUUUCCCAGGUGUAUUUUUUCUUAUUUUUUGCAGAUCUUGACAACUUUCUUCUGACCUCCAUGGCCUAUGACAGGUAUGUGGCCAUCUGCCACCCUCUACACUAUACCACCAUGAUGAGUCAGAACCUCUGUGUUCUUCUAGUACUUGUGUCCUGGGCCUUAUCCACUGCCAAUGCCCUUGUGCACACCCUUCUCUUGGCUCGCCUAACUCAGUUUAGAGACAACAUCAUCUCCCACUAUUUCUGUGACCUGUCUACCUUGCUGAAGCUGUCCAGCUCAGACACCACCACCAACGAACUGGUCAUACUUCUUUUAGGUAAUGUGAUCAUUACCUUGCCCUUUAUAUGCAUUCUGGUCUCUUAUGGCCUCAUAGGUGUCACCAUUCUGAAAAUUCCCUCUGUCAAGGGAAUCUGCAAAGCCUUAUCCACGUGUAGCUCUCACCUCUGUGUGGUUUCCUUGUACUAUGGAGCCAUUAUAGGACUAUAUUUUGUCCCCUCAUCUAAUAACACUAAUGAACAGGAUGCCAUUGUGGCUGUGUUGUACAAUGUGGUCACACCCAUUCUUAAUCCCUUUAUUUAUAGUCUGAGGAAUCAGGAUAUGAAAGAAGCACUGAGAAAUAUCCUCAGCAGGAGAUUGCGUUCACAGUGA